UUUCGUUUUUGAAGACGCCUGAAAUUCGUUGACUAUCCAAACUGCAACUAUUUAAAUCAUACAACCACAUGUGGAAGUAAUGAGUUGUGUUCUUAGGAUAUUCGAGUAACUAUCGGAAAGGACUUUCUUCAACAGUAAACAAAAACUCAAGAUGGAUGCAGUCUCAGGGAAAAAGGCACCCGAGGGAACUGGAUCUGACCACACAUUCUGCCAGACAUGUGCGUACGAUGGCAAGGACAUCCCUCCUGAUGCCUUCUGUACCGUCUGCAAGGAGUUCCUGUGUUCCAACUGUGCCAGAGUACACAAGAACAUGACGUUUACCAAAAGCCACCCUCUUCAGAACAAGAGUACCAUGCCUUCUUCACUCCAACCAGAGAGUGAGAAUAAGCAUUUUACGGAAACAUGUCAACGCCAUGCCGAAGAGUUCAUAAAAUACUUUUGUCCCAAUCACGAGACACUUCUGUGUAGAGACUGCUUGGCUGAGAAAGAACACAGCUCAUGCACUAUUGAAAGGAUUUCUCAAGUUGCAAAGCGGUACAAGGAGGGCCCAAAAUACAACGGUCUGAAGGCAGGACUUGUCCAGGUGGUCAAUGACAUCGGCAACCUUUCGGACAACAUACAAGCGAGCAUGAAAUAUAUUGAUGAAGAGUGCUUUACAAAUAUCAAUGCGCUUCGAAAGUUCAGGAAUGAAAUCAACCAAUACCUGGAUAAGAGGGAACAAGAGUUACUGGAAGAAAUUGAGCAGAAGAAACAAAAAUCACAAAGCCUGUUGAGUGAACUAAAAUCAAAUUGCCAAGACAUACAAGCUGCCACUGAGAAGCUCAAGGCUGAGCUACAAGACAAGGAGGUCAACAGUAACCAGUUGUUUAUAUCUGGAACAAGGGCAAUUAAGGAGUUAGUCGGUUUUCAGUCAGCCCUUAAAGACAUCAGAGGUAAAAAAAGUGUGUCAUACUUCAAGUUCACAAGGGACCCCACCACAAAACAGCUGCUGGCUUCAUGCACAGCAAUUGGCAGAGUGGAUCAGGUGGCGUUAGAUUUGGCAGACCAUCUGGCAUCAGAUUUGGCAGACCAAGUGGCGUCAGAUUUGGCAGACCAGUUGGCGUUAAAUUUGGCAGACCAGCAGACAAAACCUCAGGUGUCAGCCUUAAACCAAGGCCGUGCAGACCUAAGACAGUACCAGUUUAGCAAGCUGUCUGGCAUUCCAGUGAAGACGGCAGCAGACACUAGUAACUGCUUCCUGACCGGUGUGGCCUUUCUGUCCAGAGACAGGCUCCUACUGGCUGACUUCAAAAAUAACUCAGUAAAGCUUGUGGACACUACCAACCAGAUGAUGUCCCAGGUGAAACUUCCAAGUGGCCCGUGGGGCCUGUGUCUCCUGCCCGGGAACAGGGCAGCCGUCACUCUACCUUUGGUGGAAAAGAUACAGUUCGUAUCUAUUCAGGGAAUUGUCACACUACAGGAUGUUGUUAAAGUAGAUGGAGCAUGUCGUGGAAUAGAUUUCUGUGAUGACAACUUGAUAGUGUCCUUCCACCAACCAGGUAAGGUGGUGAUGAUGGACAUGACGGGAAAGGUGAAGAAGAGUGUGGACAAUGACAGCAGUGGAAAACCUUUGUUUCAGCAUCCGUUGAAUCUGACAGUGACCAGAGAGAGCCAGACUCCUUCGGUCCUUUAUGUCUCAGACUGGGACACCCACACCAUAACCAAGCUGAGCAUGUCACUAGAGGUGCUCCAGUCGUACCAAGAUCCGUUACUGAAAUACCCAUAUGGUCUGGCACCCGUGGGGGACAACCAGCUGCUCGUGUGUGGGAGUAUCAGUGAUAACAUCGUGUUACUGGACACGCUCACAGGCGAGAUAACCCAACUGUUUGGGAUAAAAGAGGAGAUAAAGAACCCAUACAGUGUGGCUUACUGUUCACAGAAGAAGACGAUGUUUGUCACCUGCAGUCCAUCGGGUAGACCUGAAUUGGAGAAUUUCGUGAAAGUCUUCAAAGUGCACGCGCGCUUGGUGCCACGCAUCCUGACCGACAUCGAGAGAGACAGGUGCAUGAAGGAGUCACGACUAAUGAGACCUGGCUAUAUCUGAGAGACUCAGAGAUCCAGAGACCAAGGCACAGUCGGUUGUAUGGAAGAGAGGUGGGUCACCGCCACCUGAGAAAGCCCGAGUUUCACGUACCGCCGGUUAACAGAUGUACAUGAUGUUUGCGGAUUGUCGGGGAAUGAUCCUGUGUCACGCGGUGUCUGUUGGGAGAACGGAAAACGCGGAGUAUUAUUCGAAGGUGCUCGGCCGUGAUCUCAUCCGGGCGCUUAGAAAGAUGAGGAGAGACAUCCCUGUUGAUCAUUUCAUCCUCCAUCAGGAUAAUGCCCAACCUCAUACUGCGGCCACCACUCAGAUUGAUAUUAGCGUCCAAGGUAUAGAGGUUCUUCCACAUCCGCCGUACACACCUGACCUGGCCCUGUUUGUCUUUCUAUUUUCCUGGAGUUGAAGUCUCACCUCAAAGGUCGCCGAUUUGAAAGUUUACGGGACCUACUAUCGGCUGCAGACGCAUUGAUACACCAGUAACCAGCAGAUUACUAUCGGGAUAUCAUCUUCAACAAAUGGCCAAAGAGACACGAACGCUGCUUACAAUGGUCUUUGAGAGUAAGUGAGAUCACACCAGACGUAUCUUGAACAACUUCAGGAUAGGCGACGUCGUUGAUGAUCUCGAACUGAUCGCGACGCGAACCGACAGCGCGAUAGUGUGCGUCUUCAAGUAGCCGUGAUUUGGAGUAGACAUUUCUGAUAUUUACAGACGCAGUUGUGGAUAGAACGACGUUUUUGUCUAUGUACUUUUAUUAAUGCAAGUCUUAUACUAGUAAUGAUAUAGAGACAGUCUACGUAUUAAUUGAUCAUCUCUCGUAUGUCACCAAUUCAUGCUGUUGUCAAGAACCUAUAAGUAUAAAUGACGUUUAUAUGAUGACGUGUGUACAUGGAUAAAUGUUACCAAUAUGAGGACAAUGGAUAAUUGUAGUAUUAGUUUACUUUAACUCACAUAUUAUCCUGAAUAGUUUUUGUGCUGUAUUUUCCUAAAAGCCAUAAUUGUAUGGCUUGUUUGCAAUUCGUCUUGAGGAACAAUGCAGCAGUUGUUGAACACAGAAAUGGGACUCAGUUUCUGGUUAAAACGAGUUUAAGUUGUUAUAUAUGGACUAUACAUUUGUUGAUUUUAUUCAAAUACAUGAUAAAUGUUGUAAGUUUGACUUAACACGUUGGGAUAAAACAGAAAAUUUC